AUGGCCUCGCUUGGCCAGAUCGUCCUCGUCGCCGGCCUGGCCUUCCUGGUGCUGGCUGACCAGGAUCACGGCCGUGGAGGGCAAGCCGGCGGCGGCGGCCCGGCCAUUGGAGCUGCAGCAGCUGCUGCUCCUCCUCCAGCGCGGGAGGCUGCAAUCAUCAGCCAGCAUCCUCAGCAACCGUUGUCCGCGGCGGUGGCGGUGAGCAAGCGGGUCCUCAUCCCCAUCCCUCCGUCCGGGCCGUCCAACAAGUGGAACUCUGAGGUGAACCACGAGAAGCCGUCGGCGGCGGAGUCGGUCUCGGGCCGCCGCCGCACCCGCGCCAUCGUCGGCCGCCGCCUCGGGUCCCCGUGA